CAUCUUUUAACCAGAAUGGAGAGUUACCACUUAAGUUCUCUUCUCACGAAGUUUAGUCACUGAGUGUGGAUAAUGGAGUAUUUGACUUCGUCCAAUGGAUGCAGGUAUUUGAUGAAUUCAAUUUCGAAAGGGACUCAGAAGUGUUACCUUGAUCAUCAAAAAGGGUUCAACUAUAAAGACCAAGAUAAGAUAGUUAACUCAGGAGUAAGUUUGGAGAAUUUCACCCCAUGAAUGGGCAGAACCUUACUUGAAAACGAUUCUUACAGAAAAGUAAAGAUAAAUAUCGUCCUAACCUCAAAAACCUCUACUAACCACUUCUUGUUCCUACUCAAGUCAGCUAAGGAUCUGGGCAAAAGUGAUAUUUACAAAUCCUUUACCUUUGUGACAAUGUAUAUUAUCAAUGAAGACGAUAGCGAGUUCUUCAUAGAUAUGUACUCCAAGAUUGUCAGCUUUGGCAUCGAUGAAUCUAAGAUACUUAUCGUCCAUGCACUUUGUGAAGCUAAGUUCCCUUUUAUUGAGAAGUAUAAGUUGAACAUGGCAUACAUCGUUAAGUACAGAGAUAUCCAUCUCUCUAGGCUUGGGCCUAACGGAAAAGCAGUCAAGUUCUCUUUUGACCUGCCUGACAAAAAGAUGAUUGUCGGAAUAGAUGCUCUUCAAUAUCUGUCAGAAAAGGUAACUUCUAUUUCGAAAAAGUUGGGCAAUAUUAUCAACAAAGUUACAGUUAUCAAUGCUGAUUAUAAUGACCUCGACUGUCUCGAAGUUCUUUGUGGAUCAAUCCUGGGUAAUUUCCCUCUCAUCGGCUGUUACGAGUUCAAAACUGAAGUUUUCAACAUGGAAAAUUUAACUAAAUUACUAAGUUGACACUGUUUAAAAUAAGUUCAAGAAGAUUAGCUUUCUUGGAGAAUCCAGAUUAGAAAAGGAUAUUGUCAAAAGUGAAUCAUUUAUUUUCUUUCAAAAAGACCCAUCCUCCUCUAUUCAAUAUGUAAAAGUUGAGAAUCUGAACAUAAUCCUGCACCAGGAAGCAGACACAGCAACUGUCGAUCAGAACUUUAUCUUGCUGUAUGAUGUGCAGGGAAUAUUGUUUCAGCCAACUGAUGUAUCCUUCAAACCCUCUCAAAUUUAUUUUGAUUGCUUGAAAUUUCUCAAUAAUCAGGAGAUACAAAAAUUCCCGCUGUUGGUGAUUCCUAAUCAUAAUAUUAGGAGUGCUGCGUGGAAGUUUACAAGAAAGCAGCCCCAGAUUAAUAAGAUAUACGCUAAGAAUAUUAGUAUAAGGAUGAUAGACAACCUUCCUAUCUCAAACUCCUCAGAGAUCAUCCUUGAAAGCAAGGAUGGGAAUGGCAUGAGCGAAGACUCUUUCACAAGUAAAUUUGAAGACACAUAUUUUAAGAUCUACGAAGUAGUUAGCAAAAUUGACAGUAGCUCAAAUAUUUCAUUAAGCCUGGAAGUAUACAAAUCUUUAAGCUCCCUUAAGAACAUUAUUGAACUAGUUGCAGGGAUUAACCUCAAGAAGCUCUCUAUCUUUAUAAAGUCUUAUGAUUAUGACAAGAAUCAGGAGGAUCAUAUUUUCUUAUCCAAGAUCCUAAAAACCUGCAAAACGCUUGUCAAUUUCAAGUUCAAUGGAUACAGAUUUAACAAUCUCAGAGAGGAGAAAUUGGUAGCUGCCAAGAAGUUGAUUGACCAUUACUUUAUACAAGAGGACAUUAUCAGCUAUUCUCCUCUUGAUGUGUGGGACAUUGCUGAUUUUGAACCUCAAAAUUAAAUGCUAA